AUGAAAUUGCUCAUACAAAAUCUUAUACUACUUGUUACUACCAUAUAUUUAUUUUCUGAUCACACUUAUUCGGCUGAUUACCCAUCGAUUUACGGUCAUUCAUCGGUUUUGGUUAAUGAUAAGCUUUUCAUUUUCGGUGGUAAUACUUAUUCUGGGGACCUAUCUCAAUGUAUAUACUGUCUUGAUGCUACCGACCCUCGUCAGUCGCUAUCACAACCACCGAUCAAUCUUACAACUGAUUUAAAUUAUACCAUUAAAAUUGCAUGGGCAACAGCAGUCACAUAUAAUUCCACUAUAUUUUUGUAUGGUGGAAAAAUACAAAGUAUCGACGCACCCGCAAACCUUUACAUAUUUGACUCAAUAAAUUUGACUUGGAAUGAUCCUUAUGUUCCCCAGAACGAAAGUCGUAUCAGCAUGCAAGCUGUUAUUGACUCUAAAGGAAAAAUUUAUAUUUUUGGUGGAUAUCAUGUUCCUCAGUUUUUAUCCGGUUCAUUUCCACCUAGUAUUACUAUUUUUAAUAACAUGAUUGUCAUAAAUACUAUCUUAUCCAAAAACCAUUUGAUUGUCAAUACAACUUCCGGAAUUAUGGGAAGAGCAUAUUAUAGUGCAACAAUGUUAGAUGAUAGUAUUUUUUAUAUAGGAGGCAUCGAUUCUUCCUACCGAUCUGUCAAAAUAUCUAACAUUAUCACGUACAAUACAUCAUCAAAUCAAUGGGCAAAUAUUAAUGUGGAUUUCACCGAUUCUGAAAUAAUCGAAAACCGUUAUGGACAUACGGCGGUUUUAAGUCAAACUACAAAUCGGGUUAUAUCAUCAACAAAGUCUUAUAACAAGAUGUACUUAUUUGACAUAAGCGCUUCUACGUGGGUACCAAUAACACCAACCCCAUCGUUAGGCUUAACAAUAGUCUCGGUUAUUAUCUGUGUAAUUAUAAUAAUUGCUUCCCUCGUGAUCCUAAUUUAUAAUAAGGACAGACUUAGGAGAAUAAUUGAUGAGAACUUUAGAAGAGAGAGAAUGAAUAUUGCAAUAAGUGAUGCACCCAUAAAUUGA